GGACAGCAGGGCGGGGCGGGGGCAGUGCUCCCUCCGCCAACGGCCACUCCGGCCAGCAACAGCAACAGCAGCAGGACCAACAGCAAAACUCAGCCGCCCAGCAAGAAGAGCCCGGCCAAGAAGGAUGCUUAUUGGUUUGCUCAAGGAGAUAACCCGCCACCAAGUAAACAACAAAGAGCUUCCUUAGCUGGCCCUAAUGACCUGAUUUUUGGAGAAGAUGACAAGUCCUCUGGCCUGUCUUAUAAAGACAGAGAGGAACGUGUGCGGCAGUUGAGGGAAAAGCAACAGCUGGAGAAGCAGCAGAAACUUGAAGAACUUAAGGAACAGGCGGCAGCAGCGCAGAAAUUCCGGGAGCAGCAGGAAAAUGAACGAAGGCGCCGUUUGGAGGAUAUGAGGCUCCGAGAUGCAGACAGACGUUCACAGGUGGAGGAGCGCAAGCGAAUAAUUCAGCAGGCAGAGCAAGAUCGCCGGGAAGCUGUCUUAAGGAAGACUGCGGAACGUGAACAGCGCUUGGAAUCAAAAAGACGGAAUGAAAAAAGCAACAUAGUAUUUGCCUUUGGUAGUUCCACACCUCGUAUGUUGGAUCCCAAAGAUAGUGCCAGUACAUUCUGGGGAUCUCGUAGGGCUACCUCCACAACAAAUGUCCACUUAGCAGAUACCAAUAUCAGUAGGCGAGCAUCGGAGGGUGGAGACAUGGACCUAAGCCGUAAGCGCGCCACUUCAGCCCACAGCCUUGACAGGAAGCCAGAAGACCUGCGUAUGUCGAGCUCGAUGUAUGAAGUGUUUCACUGGGACGACAGCAGCCCUACCUACCAAAAACAUCCCCCUACUACCCAAGGUACCCGGCUGACCAAGUCACGUGACUCGUCACUGGAGCGCAAAACCCCUCCCUCUGCCCUCUCUUGGGUCAGAUCCUCAACCCCUCAGCCUCCUAAAUCUACUCACCACCACUCUUCCAAAGAUGCCUCUGCUCCUCCUUCUUCAACAUCAUCCUCAUCCUCAGACAAAACCCCAACAAACUCAUCCCAAUCACGUUUCUGUGUGUGGGAGUUUGGGGAUAACUUCACUGCGCUGGGUCCCGCAAAUCAAACUAGCGGUGGUAGCGGCAACCUGGCCUCUCCCUCACCGGCCACGACACCCACAUCUUCCACGUGCUAUUCUCGUAGAACUGCUUCUGUAUUUACUGGGGCUGGGUGCACUUUUGGUGGUGAGUUUGCAAGUUGGCUAACCCAAGGAUGCCUCCUGAAGGAAUGCUCUACUUGUAGAUGUCUUACUUUUAACAGCUGAGAAUGGUGUUCAUUGCUUCUUCUUAUAUUUAGAGACCCUUAAGUAUUCAAUAGUAUUGUCUUGUGGCAUUUGUUGGACUUGAGCUUUAAUAAUGAUAACUCAUAUUUACCUUUAACCAAACUUUUUAAAAAGGUGUCUGGAGAAAUGAAUGCAUAUUAGGCCUAUCUGGAAUGGUUAAGAUUGGUCAUCACAGUUAAUCACUUCCAUUAACAUUGGCUUCUAGAGAGUGGGAUCCAUAUUCACACCGUGAUCAAUAAAACAAUAGAGAUUGUUAAUUGAAGGACCCUUUGGUUCCAGGGAGUAAAAACAGUUCUGUAUACUCCAAAUUGAUGAUAACAAAAUGAAAAAAAGAAGAAAGAAAUAGAUCAAAUGCUUUUUGAUCUUUGAGUUCCCCUAGUCCUUGAUAGAUCCUCAUCUAUGUGCAUUUGUCUGCAGUCUUUUUGCUAUAUUAUUAUUUUUCUUAUCUGCAUGGUAUUAAUAUGUUAAAGCAUGUUCGUGCUCGUUCAUUUUUUCAGGUGCCAUCUCAGCUACUUUAGUUGGUCCUCCAGAUGUUCUUUUUGUAUUUCUUUCUGUAUUUAUUCUGUUGCAUCAUUGUGUGCUUUUUUGUGACUGUAGAGAGUUUGUUCAAUUAUUAGCCAUUUAUUAUGGAAUAUUUUGGUUCAUUCCAAAUAUUGGUGUAUUUUACUACUCAUUUAUUUGUUUCAGUUACUCAUUCAGAACUUCCAUUUGACAAUAAUACAGAUGAAUUUCAGGACCAUUAAUGUCAGAGUGUUUUGAUAUCAGUCACAAAUCAUAAAGAUAUAAAGAACCUUUUUAUCAAAACAGGUCAGUGUCCUCAUGAAUAUGGAUACUUUAUUGCUGCAUUUAACUUUUUUGAGGGAAUACAUUUGUAAAGUCAAGAUAAUAACCUUAUUUGAUGAACAUUCAUAUGAGUAUAUAUUGCAUUCACUUUUAAGUCAACAAGCAGCUUUUCUCUUGAUGUCAUUGGGUUGUUUGUGUGGAAUGGAUAUGAUGUCUUUCAUAUUGUAAUAUUUUACUAAA